AUGGAGAGAAAUAUGGUUAACAUUCUCUUCCUCAUUGAGGAAAAGGUAGCACCUAUUGGGCAGAUGGAAGCCUCUUUUGCAGAGAUUAUCAGUGGUCAUGUUGAGUAUGAAGAUAUUGAAGAUCCCAAGAAGACCAGGUUUGCAAAGAAUAAGGUGAAAGGAUCUUUUACUAUAUGGUGGAAAAAGGUUGUUAAUCACGGUAUUCCUCAUUCACUGAUAGACACUGUGAAAAGAAUUGCGAAAGACUUUUUUAAGCUGCCAUUAGAGAGAAAACAGAGUUAUUCAUUGAGGCCAGGGGAUCUUCAGGGCUACGGCCAGACCUUCGUUGUGUCUGAAAAUCAGAAGUUGGAUUGGGGUAAUUUGCUAGGAUUGAUCAUGUAUCCUCCCGAGCUCAGAGAUUUGAACUUUUGGCCGACUGAGCCUGCCGAUUUCAUGGAGACCGUGUAUGCAUACAAUACUGAAAUUAAAAGACGUGCUGGGCAACUGCUGGCUUUGAUUGCUGAGUCAUUGCAUUUGCAGCCUGACUUUUUUGAGAAGAAAUUUGGCAAUGCAUACCAAAAGAUGAGGAUGAACUACUAUCCUCCCUGUGUUAAUCCAGAUCUUGUUCUAGGACUAAGUGCACAUGCAGACAUGGUAGCCCUGACUCUACUGCUGCAGGAUGAUGAAGUAGUGGGCUUGCAGAUUCACAAGGAUGAUCAAUGGAGAUCUGUGAAACCAAUUCCUUAUGCCCUGGUCAUUAAUACUGGAAACAUGAUGGAGGUUAUGACCAAUGGAAGAUACAAGAGCGUUGUACACAGAGCAAUAACGAACAAGGAGAAGGAAAGACUAUCGAUUGGAGUAUUUUAUGCUCCCAGAUUCACUGAAGAGAUCAGUCCUGCCCCUGAACUGAUUGAUGAUAAUAACCCCUGCUUGUUCAAGAAAUUUAUACACCAGGAUUACAUGCAAGACUAUCACACUCGUGGAACGAAGGGAAAAAGUUCAUUUUAUGAAUUUGCUAGCAUUUAA